AUGGCAUAUGCUUCAAUCGCCCAAGCCGAACACUCUCCAUCUCUUGCCGAAAUAUCGAGCCCUCCUUUGUCGCUCGGGUUAGACUUUGGACGACAUGGUGAUCCCUCAACAGAGUCUCAGGGCAGACCCCGUGUUGCGUCCAUUCUCAAGUCACUCAGCUCCAAUCAAUCGUAUGAAAUGGUGGAAGACGACGACUAUGAAGAGCCCAUGCGGACACCUGUUGGACUAGCGCUGAAUAUGAAUGCCACUUCUUCUUAUUCACCACCGAGAGACGAUGUCGCAUUCCGGUCGCCAGACCCUCCAAUGAGAACCGCUUCUAUCGGUCGACACCUCCCUCUCAAUCACCCUACCCCAGAUUUACAGGCCCUGCAAGGGGCUUUGGUGAAGAAUGUGGAACGCUUAGAAGAAAGUGCGGAGCGUUUGAGCAUGACCUCAAGUCUAGAAGAUGAACUACAUAAAAUGAGGCAAGAUCAAAAGCGAAUCGAACGCCAGUCCUCUGCUCCUGCAACAUUGGAUCACGCUCUAAGACCUGUUCCUCAAAGACAAUAUUCCGCUGGCUCGUGGUCGAACUCGAUCAUUGGCGUGAACCAAGCAGCUCGAACGGGAGGUUAUUCACCUUCAGGUUAUAUAACCUCUCCGACCGGCUCGAUACACUCAAAUCCGUGGUCAAAUCCACAUGCACUGGAAAGACACUCAUCAAAGGGUAGCUGCCGAGACCCAUCCCUGCCUGAACCGCUAUUGGAAGGUCGGCCCCUUGAACUCGCCUCACCUCCUCGCUCUGCCGUCAUUGUCUACAACCAAGGAGUGACAGUCGCAUCACCAGAAGCCGUCCAGGAAACCGAAAAGACUGACCGGCCUACUACGUCGGCGUCCAAUGACACAUUUCAUCAGGCCGAGGCAGCCUUCAACGAUUUCGAUGGAGUGCAUUACAAUACAAGCAUUUCACAUAGCCGAGACGAUUCGUUUUCUCGACGGAUUUCCUUGAAGCAACCCCCGUUGGCUAGAGAUUCCAAGGCAUAUCGAGAGGCACAACCGGGGGAGAAAAUGAUCUAUUACCCGGCACCGGUGCCUGUGAUGCUCAACCUGCCUCAGCGAUUGUCCAAAGCCAACUUUGGUGAGAAGGAGAGGCGGCGGCUUCAGGGACUAAGCGGAGUCCCCGAUGAAAUGCGCAAGUCAGCCCCAUGGCUUGCUGACCAAGAUGUAAGUAAACUGCACGCUUCAAAGCAGAGCUUGAACCUCCCGCCUCAGCUCCGAGCAAGCGCGUUUUUCGAACAGCCAGGUGUUACGCAGAACCUGCAACUGAAAAAUGGUUCCGCGAUUCAGACACUGGAUAGCAUCCUAGACGCUGCCGCUUAUGCACCCGUAAGUGCGUUUACGGACCAUCCUAUAGCUGGCCAACUUGGAAAGGAGGUAUAUGGGUCAAAUAGCAGCCCCAGGAAAAGCAUGCAACUACAGGAUGACAAAGCCAAGAAACGAAAGAGUUCCUUAAGCAACAUGCUCAAAACCAAGAGGUCCCUCUCUGCUUCACGACUCGGGCGCACGAAAUCACGAGAUUCUAAAGAUUUAUUGGAUGCGGAUGAACGUGCAAGUGGGGAUGAGUUGGACCGAGCUGCUGCUGCCAGUAUAGCACCAGACGACGAUGAAGUAUCAGAAGAAGCAAUUGACGACGACGACGAAGACCAGCCUCGAGGGUUCAACGCAGCACCAACAACACUACUGGCUGAAUUGCAAAUACGAAAAGAACAGCAGAAAUUGAGAAAUCGUACCGCUGCUGAUGCCUUUCCCAAUGGAAUGCACUCAACUCUCCUCGAAUUGGAUGCAGUCACACAGUUACAGCAAAAGGCUCGGAAGACCAAACAUGUCACACUGGCAUGGGAAGAUCAUGAUGAGGCUUCAAGGCAGAAUUUUGUUGAUGAUGAUGUCCCUCUGGGCGUUCUUUUUCCUGAGAAGGAUCGAGCAAAUCAUUUCAAUGUCCACAAACCAGUUGGGCUUUUGGAAAGGCGUGAGAUGGAGGAUAAUGAGCCAUUGAGCCAACGUCGUGCCAGGCUUCGAGGUGAACCAUUGCAAUUGCCAAAGUCUGAAGCAAAGAGCCAGGUUGAUGAGUCCAGUCGCGCACCAGUCAUCGACGAGAUCCAUGGCAUGGCUCAAAGCCCUGUCACUGAGCAAGAGGAUGAGACAAUGGCGCAAAGGGCAGCGAGAAUAAAGAAGGAGAAGGAGAAGGGCACCGGAGGCCAGUUCGCUGAGGAGCUCACAAGCGAGCUCGGACUUGGUGUUCCUCAGGCUCCGGAACCGUCAAAGACACCCGAUGCCGAAGAGACUCUAGGUCAAAGACGAAAGAGAUUACAGGAAGAAGCUCUCAAGAAUGGAGGUGCUACAACCAGCACCUCACAGCUGAGAUCAAUGCACAGCUUGGCAGACAUUCUGCAAUCACAUCCAGUGGGUGUGCAGCAAAGACAGGUGUCCAAUGAGUCCAAGGGGCCUACACUGCAAAGGGCUCAAACUCAAGAUCCGCUAUUGUCCUUCAAUGCUUCGGAAUUUCCAAAUACCUCAAGUUGGAACUCGGCGCGACAGAACAGUGUAUUUGCGAAUGGUGCUUACGGUAAUUUUUAUCAACAGAAUUCUCCAUAUAUGAAUGCGGCAUUCAACGCCACGACUCCUGCAAUGUAUGGGGCUCCAAUGCCCAUGUAUAUGCAACAUCAAAUUGCUGGCCCUGGGUAUGGAUACAUGGCUGGAUACGGGAGUCAGCCGUAUGUCCAAGAUCCCCUGUCGGGUCCUCCUUUGGAUCCGAAGCAAAGGCAAAAGAUUGAUCUGUGGCGCCAAAGUAUUGCUCCAUGA